CUGGUCUCGCGGAGCCGCUCUGUCUCCGCCCCAGGGCCGGCUCUGUGCUCAUCAUGUGGCUGAAUCGCAGCUUCAGGCUCCUGGGCCUGGUCCCGGGCCCACUCCGAGCCGCCGGUCGCCGCAUGGUCCGCGGGAGCGGCUCGAAAGGCCCCGACACCUCCCUGUUUGUGCCGCUAUCGCCCAGAGUGAGCCCUGGGCCCGAGGGAAACGUUGGAGCAGAACUGAGUCGGGACCUGGACAAGGGUGAAGCGCUGAAAGUGUUGAAUAAAUUCUACAAACGGAAAGAGAUGCAGAGACUGGGCAGUGAGAAUGGCCUUGAUGCUCGGUUAUUCCACCAGGCUUUCAUUAGUUUUCGAAAGUAUGUGAUGGAAGCUGAAUCUCUGAGUGUGGAUUUACACAUCAUCCUGAAUGAUAUCUGCUGUGGUGCAGGUCAUGUUGAUGAUCUCUUUCCUUAUUUCCUGAGACAUGCCAAACAAGUGUUCCCAAUGUUGGAUUGUAUGGAGGAUCUGCGCAAGAUCAGUGAUCUGAGGUUACCGGCCAACUGGUACCCUGAGGCCAGAGCAAUUCAGAGAAAGAUCAUCUUCCACGCUGGGCCAACAAACAGUGGAAAAACACAUCAUGCCAUUCAGAGAUUCUUAGCAGCUAACUCUGGAGUCUAUUGUGGUCCUUUGAAACUGCUUGCACAUGAGAUCUAUCAAAAGAGCAAUGAUGCUGGGGUGCCGUGUGACUUGGUGACUGGAGAAGAGCGAAGCUUUGUGGAUCCAGACGGGAGGCAGUCAGCCCAUGUUGCUUGUACUAUUGAAAUGUGCAGUGUAACAACACCAUAUGAAAUUGCCGUGAUUGAUGAAAUCCAGAUGAUCAAAGAUCCUUCCAGAGGCUGGGCCUGGACCAGGGCACUGUUGGGACUUUGUGCAGAAGAAAUCCAUAUCUGUGGUGAAGCUGCGGCUAUUAACUUGGUGAUGGAGUUGAUGUUUGACACAGGAGAAGAGGUUGAGGUUGAAAGUUAUGAGCGGCUAACUCCCAUGACUGUUCUGGACACUGCACUGGAGUCACUGGAUAACCUGCAUCCUGGUGACUGUAUUGUGUGCUUCAGUAAAAGUGACAUCUAUUCACUGAGUCGACAAAUUGAGGCUCGCGGACUGGAAUGUGCAGUGAUUUACGGCAGUCUUCCACCUGGAACAAAACUGGCUCAAGCAAAAAAAUUCAAUGACCCUGACGAUCCCUGUAAGAUCAUGGUCGCUACUGAUGCCAUUGGAAUGGGUUUGAAUCUGAGCAUAAAACGCAUCAUUUUCAAUUCCCUCGUGAAACCAAAUAUCAAUGAGAAAGGAGAGAAAGAAAUGGACCGGAUAACCACGUCACAGGCCCUACAGAUUGCUGGCAGAGCUGGCAGAUUCCGCUCAGCUUUUAAAGAAGGGGAAGUUACUACAAUGAAUCGGGAUGACCUUCCUGUGCUGCAAGAAAUCCUGAGUAAGACCGUCGAACCUAUUGAGGCAGCAGGAUUGCAUCCCACAGCAGACCAGAUAGAGAUGUUUGCCUACCAGCUGCCAGAUGCCACCCUGUCAAACUUAAUCGACAUAUUUGUGAGCCUCUCACAAGUCGAUGGACUAUACUUUGUGUGCAACAUUGACGAUUUCAAGUUUCUGGCUGAUAUGAUUCAGCAUAUCCCACUGAAUCUCCGUGUGCGAUAUGUCUUCUGCACUGCACCAAUCAAUAGGAAGCAUCCCUUUGUCUGCACCUCCUUUCUAAAGUUUGCCAGACAGUUCAGCAGGAAUGAGCCACUGACGUUUGAGUGGUUAUGUCGACACAUUAACUGGCCAUUGGUACCACCGAAAAAUAUCAAAGACCUUGUACACUUGGAGGCUGUGCAUGAUGUAUUGGAUCUGUACUUAUGGUUAAGUUAUCGGUUCAUGGACAUGUUCCCAGAUGUGAGUCUUGUGCGAGAGAUCCAGAUCGAGCUGGACAGCAUCAUACAGAUUGGAGUAAAGAAUAUCACUCGUCUGAUCCGUGCUUCGGAUUCCAUCUCCACGACGAUUGCUGCAGGAGCUGAAGAUGCUUCUGUCCAUGGAGGAACAUGGACAAAUGAGAGGAUAAACAUGGAGGAUGUGAAUUCCAAGGGUCAAGUCUACAUUGGAUCUAGACGGAUUCGAGGGUCUAAAACUUUAGGCUACAGAGCAGAGGAUUAUAAAGCAGAAAUACCUGGGAAAGCUGGUGACUCUCUGAGUGCCAGGCUGGUUCAGCAAGGACAUUUGACAGCUGAAUUAUUGCAGCAGCUUCAGGAGGAGUGGGCAGCCAGCCAUGGUCUCCAAACACCCAGAAAUGCCACGACCCAAGAACCAAGUAAAAUCACAUCCAAAGGAUUGAGGAAGAAAAAGAAAUAAAUUCAGCAUAUUUAUUCUACUCUGAAUAUGUUCUCUCCACUUUAAACAAUAAAGAAGUGAUUGGACUAGGUGCAAAAUA